AGGCGGGGACGCCUGCUUGCCGGGGAGCCGCGUCGCUGUAGGCCUUAGCUGGCCAGUGGAGUUGAGCUACGGCGGGCUUGUCUUCCCUGGGUGCCCCGCGCUUGCUGGGCCGAAGACACGCGGCUGCUCCGGCCUCGAGGAGCCAUGGAGCCUGGGAAGAGAAGAACCAAAGAUGAUACUUGGAAAGCAGAUGAACUUAGAAGACACCUUAAGGCUGUACAAUCAGGUAGUCCCAAGGAAGAAAAGAAACUCAGAGAGAAGAAGUUGCACAAGGAGUCAGAGCUGGGCCUUUUGGAAUACAGAGAACACAAGAGCAGGGACCCAGACCGAGAGGCACGAUACAAGGAGAAGAUCGCUGAGAGAGACCUUCACACCUCCACAGAACACCUUCGUGGGGAGAGAGACCGGGAGAGGCACAAGGAGAGGAGGAAAGAGGUGAAAGACCGUGAGAAAGACAAGCUGAGAGAGAGACAUCGAGAGCAAGAUACAGAGAAGCCUCAUAGUCGAGGCAAAGACAGAGAGAGAGAGAAAGACAGAAGAGCCAGGAAAGAAGAGCUCAGGCAGACUGUUGCCUACCAUGACCUCCUGGGGCGAGAGGCGCGUGGCCGGCAGAUGCUGGAGAGAGUGGAAAAGAAGGUCCACACAGCAAGUAAAGUGCGAAUUGAGGAGAGAGAAAGGAGAGAUGAAGAUUCUGAACGAGGAGAUGAAGACAGAGAAAGAAGAUACCGAGAAAGAAAGCUGCAGUAUGGAGACAGCAAAGAGAACCCUCUCAACUACUGGCUGUACAAAGAGGAGAGUGAGAAGAAGCACAGGAAGGCAAAAGAUGCAGAUCGGGAGAGGAAGCAUCGGGACAGAAGCAGCACGAGGGAGAAGAGGGAGAAACACUCGAAAGAGAAGGGGAACUCACUCUCUGACCGGGAGACGGAGGAGAGACACCGAGAGAAGCGGCACAAGGAAGGCCUUCAUCAUGACGAGGAGAGGCGCCGAAGUCACUCAGACAAAAAAGAGAGAUCUGCCAAGGAAGAGCACAAGAAGAGGGAAGCCAAGGAACCUGAAAAGGAAGACCUUGAUUUAGAGGCUACUGGGACUGAGGAAUAUCUGGCCAAUUUUGAAGAUGAUUUUGAAGAUUACGAAGAUGACUUUGAGGUUUGUGAUGGAGAUGAUGACAGCAAUAAUGAGCAUGACUCUAGAGAAAAAGCUGAAGAACUUCCUCCAGCCCAGAAAAGGGAGAUACAAGAAAUUCAAAAGGCAAUCAGUGCAGAGAAUGAAAGGGUUGGAGAGUUAUCUCUGAAACUGUUUCAGAAGCAAGGUCGAAUGGAGUAUGAGAAGGAGUCCUGGGCAGAUGCAAAUGACUCCAUCUCUAGAACCCCUGUUUGUGGAAUUUUUGUGGAUUUUGCAACAGCCUCGCAUCGCCAGAAGAGCCGGAGUCAGGCUCUCAAGCAGAAGACACGAAGUACAAAACUGCUCCGGCUUAUUGAUUUAGACUUUUCAUUCACUUUUUCUCUCUUGGACCUACCACCAGUAAAUGAGUAUGAUAUGUAUAUUAGGAACUUCGGGAAAAAAAAUACCAAGCAGGCAUAUGUUCAGUACAAUGAAGAUAAUGUUGAGAGAGACGUUCAGACUGAAGAGAUAGAAACCAGGGAUGUGUGGACCCAGCACCCAGGAGAAGGCACUGUUGUGUCUGGAGGUAACCUUGGUAGUGAAGAAAAAGACUUCUCCGAUGUCAUAGUUGUACCAAAGAUUGACACUCCACGGCUGUCUAGUUUUCUCCGGGCAGCAUGCCAGGUGGUUGCUGUUUUGCUUGAAGAGGACCGUUUGGCAGCUGGACCCAGCUGGAAUCCCCGGGCACAAGACAAAGCUCUGAACAUUAGCGACAACUCCUCCCAACUAAACACAAACCUGCCGUUCCUUCAGGGGCGGAAAGUAUCCUGUUUGCAUGCCUCUCGAGUUCAGAGGCAGACCGUUGUCUCUGUUCAUGACUUACCUGACAAGGCAUUUGCCCCGUCUCUGGAUAGCCGGCACCUCCUCUGUGUGUGGGAUAUUUGGCAGCCUUCAGGGCCCCAGAAGGUCCUGAUAUGUGAGUCAAAGGUCACAUGUUGCUGCUUUAGCCCUUUAAAAGCAUUUUUGCUGUUUGCGGGAACAGUACAUGGCUCUGUGGUCCUUUGGGACUUAAGAGAAGACUCCAGGAUACACCAUUAUGUGAGACUAAGCAAUUGUCUCUGGGCCUUCAGGACCCCAACGUUUUCCACAGAUGGAGUCCUCACAUCAGUGAACCACCGAAGUCCUCUUCACGCCAUAGAGCCAGUGGCCACAUCUGCCUACAAAAAGCAGAGCUUGGUGCUUUCACCCUUUUCUACUCAAGAAGAGAUGACAGGCUUGUCCUUUCACAUCGCUUCCCUGGACGAGAGCGGUGUUCUCAAUGUGUGGGUGGUUGUUGAAUUACCAAAGGCAGAUAUCUCAGGUUCAAUGAGUGAUUUAGGUCUGAUACCUGGAGGGAGGAUCAAAUUGGUGCACAGCACUGUGAUCGAGUUGGGCAACAGUCUUUCCCAUAAAGAUAGUGAAUUCUGGGGAUCCACACAAACACUAAGUGUCAAAUUUCUGCCUUCAGAUCCGAAUCACUUUGUUGUUGGCACCGACAUGGGACUUAUAAGCCACAGUACCAGACAAGAUUGGAAAGUAUCUCCUAAGGUGUUCAAACCUCAGCAACAUGGUGUCAGACCAAUAAGAGUUAAUGUGAUCGAAUUUUCACCAUUUGAAGAAACAGUAUUCUUGGCUGGCUGUUCAGAUGGAAGCAUCAGACUGCACCACCUGACGUCUGAGAGGCCUAUCAUGCAGUGGGACAGCAGUACCAAGGGCCGUUCUGUUACUAGCCUACAGUGGUCCCCGACAAGGCCUGCUGUGUUCUUGGUCCAGGAUGAUGCAUCCAGGAUCUAUGUCUGGGACCUUCUUGAGAAUGACCUGGGUCCUGUGGCUCAGCAGCCCAUCUCUCCAGACAGGCUGGUGGCCAUGACCAUCAUGGGGGACCCUGAGAAGGUCAGUGGUAGCUUUGUGGCUCUGGUGUUGGCCAGGGCCUCUGGCACAGUCGACAUCCAGUACCUGAAGAGGCGGUGGACCAUCCCAGCGGCAGAUGAGCACAGCCAGCUGCAUGUACUUCUUCAGAAAUGAAGAUUUAGUGUCAGGAGAAUGAUGAGUACAUAAGACUUGAUUACAGGAUGGAUCCCUUAACUCUGUGUUCAUGUGCAUUUGUGUACAUAGAAUAUGUAUAUUCUGUACAUAAUUUGUUUUAAAAGAACAGUACUUUGGUAUUUCCAGGAAAUAAAUCACUAUUUUUAAUGGAAACAAUGAACAUUUUAGUAUAUACUAAACUUCAAAGGAAAUACCAAGUGAUGUCCAAAAGGCUCUUCUAAGAGUAUUUCCAGUUAUUUUUGGAACAAUUUAAAAAUACUGUCACAUUUAUUACUGGAUUUUAAACAGCCCACCAUGAAAAUGUACUUUUAUGGACUAUUUUCUUAGCCAUGCAUAAAAUGAUGAUCAUAUAUCUAAAGUAAAAACAAAAAUUGCUCACUUUGGAGAUGACCUCCACCAGCCUUCUGUUUUUACAGGAUUUUUGAACACCAGCUUUUGGUGUGAUUUGAAUGACACUCAUAGAAUCGAGUCAGUUGUGCUUUACAGCAUGCUUCAGCAUGAAAACCGUCUUCAUAUAGAAAUAAUACAAGUGAAUAAAUUGUCCUGAACAUGGA